AAUCCCUUGGCCCCGAUGCAGGACACCCUCUGCCAACUCCAGAACGAGACUGCCGCCACCAAUCCGUCCUCCCAGCCACAGAGGGUCGUCAACAUGUACUACAUGACCAAGCUGCAGAUACGCUCGGACAAGCUGUGCAAGCGGCCCUGGGCGUUCGAGCGGGUGCCGAACAAGAUGAUCCGUGGCCUCGAUGUCGCGCUUAUCUACACCUCGACGAAGGAGGCCUGUUUGGCCGCGUGCCUCAACGAGCACCGGUUCAUCUGCAAAUCCGUCGAGUACAAUUACGUGACUUUGCAGUGCCAUCUGAGCGACUCCGACAGGCGCUCGACCGGCCAGUUCGUCCAAUUCGUCGACGCGCAGGGCGUCGAUUACUUUGAAAAUCUCUGUCUCACAGGCAAGGAGGCGUGCACGGGACAGCGUCACUUCCAAGUGCCGAGGAUCGGAGUGGCCGAGGACAAGGUGGCCCAGUACGCGGGACUCAACUACUACGUGGACAAGGAGUUGCAAGUACAGACGGAUCCAGCUUGUAGGAUCGCCUGCGAGAUCGAGACCGAGUUCCUCUGCCGGUCGUUCCUCUACCGCGGCCCGCCCAUCGGCCAGGCGUACAAUUGCCACCUGUUCCACCUCGACCACUGGACCCUGCCCGAGGGACCCUCGACUUACCUCACCGCCGAGCGGCCCCUCAUCGACAACGGCGAGCGCGUCGGCACCUACUACGAGAACUACUGCGAGAGUCAGUUUGAUGAUUUUUUGAUUUACGUUCAACCAACGAUCAAUCACACGGUCACCCCGAACGAUCAGCGAUUCGACAUCAAUUGCGACAAAACUGGCACUUGUUACGAUGUGAUCGUCGAUUGCAAGGACACGCGCAUCGCCGUGCAAGUACAGACGAACAAGCCCUUCAACGGUAGGAUCUACGCCCUCGGGCGCUCGGAGACCUGCAACAUCGACGUCAGCAAUAGCAAGUUCUUCCGCCUCGAUCUCACUAUGACCGGCCAGGACUGCAACACCCAGAGUGUGACGGGCACGUACAGCAACACCGUGGUACUGCAGCAUCACUCGGUUGUCAUGACCAAGGCCGACAAGAUCUACAAGGUCAAGUGCACGUACGACAUGUCCUCGAAGAAUAUAACCUUCGGCAUGAUGCCGAUCCGCGAUCCGGACAUGAUCAGCAUCACCAGCGCUCCGGAAGCUCCACCGCCCAAGAUCCGCAUCCUCGACAACCGCGCCCAGGAGGUCGAGACCGUCAGAAUCGGCGACAAGCUCACCUUCAGAAUCGAAAUACCCGAAGACACUCCCUACGGAAUCUUUGCUCGCAGCUGCGUGGCCAUGGCUAAGGACGCCAAGAGUACCUUCCAGAUCAUCGACGACGAGGGAUGUCCCGUAGAUUCGUCGAUAUUCCCGAGCUUCACACCGGACGGCAAUGCGCUGCAGUCGUCGUACGAGGCCUUUAGGUUCACCGAGUCGUACGGUGUCAUCUUCCAGUGCAACGUCAAGUACUGCCUUGGACCUUGCGAGCCGGCGGUGUGCGAGUACGGCCGCGAUUCUUCGGAAUCGUGGGGCAAGAGGCGCAGAAGAAGCUUGGAAAAUUCGACCGAGGAGAAAGCCGAAGACAUGACCUUGUCCCAAGAAAUCCUCGUUCUCGACUUUGGCGAUGAAAAGCAGUCCCAGUUUUUGAAGAACGACGCGAGUAUGGACUUCAACGAAGCCGACAAAACCGUGACCAUCGUCGAGCCGUGUCCCACAAAGACGUCGGUUCUCGCCCUGGGAGUGACAUGCGCCCUUCUGAUCCUCAUCUACGUCUCGACAAUCUUCUGUUACUACAUGAAGAAAUGGCUGAACCCCCGGAAAAUGAUGCACUGA